CAAAAUGGCGGUGAAGGAAUUCAUGCAUGGUCAAAGUUGAGAACAAAAAUAACUGUGACUGUAGUUCUUUUACAAAAUUAUGGCAUCAGAGGAUAGAGAAUUAGAACUGGAGGACGGGGAAAUAAACGAUCUCGAAGAUGGUGAAAUAGACGAAGAUGUACCUUCGGCAAGGGAAUCAAAUAACAACGAUUUGUACCUCCUAACACAUCGUCAUGAUCAGUACUCGACACGCGAGCAGUACUCGAGCGAUAACCCAUUUGAAACGAAGAUUCGUGAUUUUGGAUUUCAACAAUUUAAUCCUCCACCUGAUCGGUGGGAAACGCGAGGUGGAUCUUUCGGCUCUUUUCGCGGAAGAUUUUCUCGACAAAGAGGCCGGGGAAGAGGGAAAGUAUUUCGCGGAAAUGGACGAGAAAAGACUUAUCCUACGAGAAGAGGAAAUAUGCGCAGACCUUUUCUUCAAAGACCCAAUUUACCUUAUCCCUUGUCCAUUGAGAGAGCAAGACCUGCAUACCCUGAUGAAAGAUUACCUUCAUAUGCAGAGAGUGAAGGAGCAAGAAUCAUAACUCCACUUGAGACCAGACCACGAUCACAACUCGAGGAAAGGAGGCAAAUUUAUUUGGAUACUGAUAGGCCGAGGCUGCCUCGUCCGUCACCUACAGAGAGACAUGUACAAAGACUGCCUCUAAUGGAGCUAGACGAGAAAUCACAACCAUUUCAGAGAGAGAUGAGUUCAUCAGCUCCUGAUGCCCAUGAAGAACAACCUAGAAGAGUGCCAUCCCCUUUUGAUGAGGAAUUUGAUGAUUAUAGGAUUCUACUACAACGUCAUCGCCUGAUUCAACAACAGCUUGCUGCCCUCGAGAAUCAGGAAAACUCAUCUGCGGGUGAAGACAAUAUCAUUGAUGACACUUUCAUAGAUAUCCCUGUGGAGGAUACAAAAUCUGAUUUGCCAAUAGAAAAUGAAAAUGGCCAUGAAAAUUUUGAGAGUAGGGGACAGAAUACUUUAUAUUUACCUGCUGAUAUGAAUUUGCUACACAUGGGAAGUGGUAACGAAAUGGAUGAUAUGGAGGGAGCCAGUGAGAUAUUAGAUAGUGAACCAACUGCUGAACCAGCACAACCAAAACCAUUUCUCCCUUUUAGAAUAAAACCUCUUUACACCAGUGUGCCUUCAAUCAAAGAAUUAAGCCAGAAAGAUCUGGAACAAAGGAAGGUUAAGGUGGAAGAUUCAAUUGUAGAGGAGAAUAGUAGAGCCGAUGACCUGGAAACUAUGUCAAGAACUAGAGAGAGUGUACCAAUGUCUAAGAUAAGGAAAAAUCGCAGGAAAAGAAAGAGAAAGGUAUUUCAAGGAUCAGUGCAAAAUAAUGUAAACAGUCAAAAGCCUAGAGCUGCUGGUUCUAAUCAAGGCCCACAUGUUGACCCUCAUAAUGAACUGGAGGCAAGACUUAUGUCCCUCGCAGGAAGCUCUGUUCCAGUGGAGUCUAACAGGGAGGACAUCAACAAGAAACAGGAGCGACGGGAAAGACUUAGGCAGUGGCAGGAAAAGAUGAACACUGACAGGUUUUCUGACCAAAGGAAUCAACAGGGAAACAAAGGGCGCAGUAAAAAGAAAUUGACCAAAUCUGUUAAAGGCAGGAGAAGAAGCUCUAGUGUAAAGUUGGCUGGAACUGAGAUGGAAGGGGACAGAGAUUCACCCUCAAAAGAAGGUGAUCCUGCUUUGUUUGAAAACGAUGAUUACUUUGAGAUACCUAUGGAUUUGGAGAGUGACUCAACAGAUGGCCCAGCUCUUCCAUUAAUAGAUGAACCAGCAGAAGAUUUUCCCCCACCACCCCCACCCUUAGCUGGUGGAGAAUCAGGUACUUGUCUUUAUGUGGAUCCUGGGCAGUCAUCACUUAUGAUGUACCCAACAGGAUAUUUCCAGAACUAUGCUGACUGGUUUGCUGGUUCAGCUCCAUUAAUGGCAGCAGGCCACGAGGACCAACACUUUCAAUAUCAAGAAUUUUUGGGCAAGGAGUCACAUCCAUUAGAGGUCGAAAGCACCAAGGAGCUGCCACAGGUUGAUAGUAGGGAUGUUUCAAGUCAAGACAAUUCAGAUGAGGAUGAUGAAGUUGCCCUCAGGGAACAGCUGCUAAAAUCUUUAGCAGUAAAAAGGAAGGCUAAAAUUGAUGCUGGGAAGGGGGAAGAAUCUGUCAAGAAUGGGUCAGGUUCUAAGAGUCAAAGCCCAAAGGCAUCAAAAAUAACAACAAACACUGUAAAACAAGUAAAACAGCAACAGGAUUCCAGACAGGUGGCAUUUGUUGCUCCUCCUAAACAUGACCCUGUGGUAAUUAAGCUAGGAGAGGAUUCUGACAGUGAUGAGUCUGAUGCAUCUGAUACAGAAUCUGUCAAAAAAUCUGCCCCAAACAAGAAAAAAUCUGUCGGUGGAGGCUUAUUUGGAGGACUGGAAAUGAUGAUUAAGGAAGCCAGGAAGUCUGCUGAGGCCUCUAAAGUGAAAGCAACAGAAAAAUCACAUGCUGGUGAAGGAACACAGAAAGGAAAAACAGACCAUGUGUCACCAGAACCAACCACUCCAGAUGCAAUGGCUCACAUGCCAGAGCAAAUGAAGACAGAGUACAAAAGACUGAAGGAACAACUAGCCUUGCAUGAGAGUAAAACAAGACAGCCACUUACUACUGUUAAUCAGGAAAAAGAAGCCAUGUCACUACCUGUAACACCUGAAAAUGAAGAAAGAAAUGAAAUAAAAGAGGAUGACAGUCAUUUGAAAGAACUACACAGUUAUGUCACUGGUUGUGAAGAGAAUCUUGCUAAACAUAAGAAGGUUAUCCAGAAAGAAAAGGUCACUCUGAAUAAACUGUUGAGUGAGCUUCUUCAGAGAAAGCAUUCUCUUGCGGCUCAAGAGGAAAAUGUGCGAAAACUUCAAAAGGAACUUGAGGCUGCUCAGAAAGUUAGUCUUGCCAAUAAGAUUUUUAUGAAUAAGCUCAGAUCAAGGACAAAGCUGGUCAAAGAUAGACUUGGCAAGAGACAAAUUGCUUCAAGUAGCUUUGAAGAGGAACUCCUCAGAGCCAAAAGUAUUAUUUCAGCAGUGAAAAGGAAAAUGCCCAUGGCAGGGGAAGCAGGGUCUGGGCGAAAUAGCCCUCAAGUGGAAUUGCUGGGCAAUGUCAGCAAUGAAAACCAGAAAUUCACAAUUAGUCCAGCUGCUGCUUGGGAGAUCAAAAACUCACUAGAGGCUAAACUUGAAAAACUGUCCACCUUCACAAAACAGGAAAUAACAGUGAAGAGAAAACUUGAUGUCAGUGAAUCAUCCUCAGAAGGAAUUUUGGCCAAGAAAGCAAAGCAAGUACUCAAAACACCUCAGGGAAGUCCAGCAAAUUCAGCAACCAAUACUCCAAAAAAAUCACCUGUGGCAGAACGUAUUGCUCAGGAAAAAGCCAGGUUGAGAAAACUUGAGCACGAGCUUUCUGAAAAACUCAAACAGUUUGGAAGAGAACGCGAAGGAGACAGAGACUCUGCUUUAAAGGCAUCAGGAGAAGUACUUCAGAAUAUCACAGACAGUUCUGAUGCCAAGGCAAUUGAGAUAAAGGAGAAGAAACCUAAAGCUGGCACAAGUUGCGAUAAUACAAGUCAUCAUGAGUCACAGGGACAAGGUUUUGAUUCAAGGGGAGCAAGUGGUCAGUUUCUCCCAGAGGCCACACCUUUUAAAGAUGGCAAAACACCAACAAUAUUUGCGUUGGACAUAACUAACCAGCAAUUGGAACACGUGAGAAAAUUGCAGGCUGAAAAGGAAAAGAUAGGUCCUCAGUUUCCUGCUUGCACUCUUAAUAUCCCACUGACAGCGGAUAAGCGUUCCAGCCACUGUGUUUGCUUACCCUUUGGCUAUGAGCUUAAAAGUUUAGUUAGCGAGCAGGACAACUUGACAAAGGGGGAGGAAAGAAGCACUGAAUUAGCAGCUGGAGAGAUCAGAAGAAGAAAUGAUUAUGAAGUGGCUCCUCUGCCCUUUGGAAAAUACCGCAGUAAAUUGUUGCACUUCAAGUCAUACAGGUUGAGCCCGUAUUUCAGACUCAAAGAUGAACUUUCCCUUACUUCUUUAACAUUCUCCAAUAAAUUGGAUCCUACAUGGCCUCUUUGCAACUUUGACUUGCAAGGCAAAUGUAAUGACGAUGACUGUAAAUUCCAACACUUUGUCAAAUGCAAGAUGUCACAAGAAGAAAUACUUCAGGAUUUGGCGGCUUACAAUCCAAACCUCACUGCAGAUUUUAAAGAUGUGAAGGAGAUGCAAGAGAAUGUUGAAUCUUUUACAAAGGCUUUCGCAAAGCAAUAUCAAGACAAAAUGUCGUGGGACGAAAUUUGUAUUUUAUUGGUUAAUGAUGUGAGGAAGAGUAGGAAAGAAAAUGGACCUUUUAACAUCUGCCUUCAACCACGCACUUGGAAGCUUCAAAAGACUGAUAAGAAAAAGAUUGAAUAUGAGGAUGAAGCAGUAGUUUCUGAUAUAGGGAAGGGAAUAAAUUUUACCAACAGAGAUAAAGUUCACGGUGUAGCAUCCAAAAACAGCAAGUCUGUAGGACAUCAAUUGAGGGUUUCUGGCGAGGAAAGUCAAGAAAUACGCUACUUUUCGGAGGAGUACGACAACAUUGAAUCUCUCGAAACAUCGUUAGAAAAUUCUCCUGGUGAUGUGGCUCUAUGGCUCAAGUUAGCAAGGCUGAAACUUCAUCAAAGCAACAGCACUGCUGAAGGGGAAGAGGAGGACACUUACAACAAUAAUGUUAUGCAGGCACUCAGUACACUUUCCAGAGGAUUGGAGGAAAAUAAUCAGUCAGAGGAGUUAUGGUUAGAGUACUUGGAGUUAUAUUCUUCACAGAGCAGUAGAGAGGAGCUCAACGAGAUCUGUGACCAAGCUGUGGAGUUUUCUCCCACCUACAGUGUUUGGUGGAAGUAUUUGGAGUAUUCGCGAACGUACAUUGAUAAGAGGAAUGUUUGUAUACGUCUUAUCUCUUUUCUGACAUUAAAUCCCAUUGAUCCAGUGGAGCUUCGUUCUCACUUUAUCCUGGAAACAUUGCUUUACCUCGUUCAACUAGAACUCUAUUCUGGACAUUACGCGUCAGCUGUACUUGUGUUCAAAUCGGCUCUAACUAAGAAAACUCACGAUCAUGGUGAUGUUCCAGAAUUGUCCAGCUUUCUGUUGGCCUCAGACUAUUGUUGUGCUUGGUUAGGAUAUAUACAUGUGGUUGAAUUCCACCGUCUUCCUUCCCCAUGGUUUGAUCCUAGUCGUGGUGAACCUUCCAAGAUGGUGACAAAGGAAAACUUUGUUUUCCCGUGGAAACCAUCGCAGCAAUCGAGAGCCCCUGGAAAGAAGUUACGGGUGUUGUUUCAAGAUGCAUUGAAAGCUUGUGGUGAAGUAGCAAAACCUCCCGUUGACAAAUUUGCCAUUUGCCUUCCACUUUACAAGAACCUCAUUGCUUUGGAGAGAGCAUAUGGAAGAGUUGACUCUGCCAGAGAAAUCUGUCGCCAUCUGCUAAAGGACCAUCCAACUUCAGUGAUGCUGUGGCAGUGUCUUGCAGCACUUGAAGACUCGCCGGAGAAGGGUGGACAUGCAGAACAGGUGUGCAUAGAGGCGCUGGAAAAGUGUGGAGCCAAUGCUGAGUUGUCUUACAGUGCAGCACGCUUUUACCUUCAGCAGAACGAAGUCCAGAAGGCCGUAUCAGUUCUCAUCAAGAGUGUUCGUAACAAGUUUGCGGCGAAGAAAGAAUCACAAGGAUGCGAGGUACAAAGCUUGGCUGCUGUUUCUGCAGAGGACCAGGCUGGUGAUCCUGUUGCGUUGUAUCGUCGACUCCUAUCCCUGCCCCUCCCUUAUGACUACAAGUGUCCACCUCUGUUGCCAGGAGUUGACCCACAAAGUCUGGGCAGUGAAAAGGUCUUUCUCUGGUUAUCUUAUUGCUUGUUACUAGAGAUUGCUCCUCCACCAAAUACUUUAUGGGGUAACUUAACUCCCGAGGCAGCAUUUGAAACUGCAGUGCAUAGCCCUCUACCCAGACACGAUGUGCAGGUACUGUGGACUGAGUACCUGUUCUAUCAGAGAUCCAAAGCGUUACAUGACAGACACUCCAUGGACGAGUUGGUUAACAGAUGUUUAAUGUCUGUGAGUACCAGCAGUUCUCUGCCUCAUUCUUCAAGCGCUGUCUGGCGGGAUUACAGAUUUCACAAUCAGAUAAUCAGUUUGUCUUUGAGCUGCCAUCCACAGUCAUCCUGGUCAUCCUUAUUUCAAAAUUACUUGAGGAUUUUUCCUGGGAAUGUUAUGUUAGCCCUACGGGCUUGUCAGCAUGAGGUAGAGAGUAAAAAUUACGACCAAGCAAAAAGGAUCAGUGCAUCUUUCCUCUCAAGCAAUCCUUACAGUAUAAGCAUGUGGAAAGUUGCCAUUUCCCUUGAGCUACAAAGGAAUUGUAACAAGGAGGCGCGCAAGAUGUACCAUCAGGCCGCAGAAAUUUUACCAUUUGCCGCAACUAUCUGGAAAGAUUUUUUGAUGUUUGAACUUGCCCGAGGUGGCGAUGGAUCUGCCGUUCAAGAGAUUCUAGCCAAGAGCCGACAAAUCGGUGUCAAAGUUGAGGAAUUUUUGAACACACUUUUGGGUAAAUGAGUGCUCGUGUUCUUUUCGAUAAAGGUGAUCGUUUGAAAACGAAACGAAAAAUCUUAGUUCAAGGAAAAUGUGGUAAACGUGACAAGGUGUACAGUUUUGUACCGGCUCCGUUUCGGACACCAUCAAGGUUAAAAAUGUAAAUGGACUGUCGUUUUUUAUUGUUGGGUUAAAUUUGGAUUUCAGUAAGCUGCAGAAAGGUAAGGUACAUGAUUUUCCCGCCACAACAGCAGGACUGAAAAACCAAAGGAAUCAUUUGAUUUAAGGCAAAGUAUUUGUUCACUCACGAUGAUUGUUAUUUAUAUAGUAGAAAAUUAUAUAUUUUUUGCAUUUUUUCAAAACUUUUCUAUAUGCAUUUUGGUUUCUAGAACAACCAGCUUUCGAAUAUGAUUUCAGGCAGGGAGGGUAUUUCUCAGACAAAGCCCGAACACUGGCAGCUGUUACUACUAGUUGCCGCGAAUGAUAAUUUCAGGCGAUACAACUGUCUUCGGUAGCCAAUGAGUUGAUUAUCUUUUUGACAAAUCACCGUAUUUCUUAGUUAUAUUUUUAAUUUAUUAAAAGAAACAGGAACAGA